GCAGGCCCCCGGCGCCGAGUCGACGACUAAUGAUCAGUGCUGCCUUGUCUACCGUCGAGUGCGUAGCGACACCGUGAACAGUGUUUACACAAGAACAUAACCCAACAGUGUUUGUUUAGUUUCUACAGUUUUCACACUACUCACACGUGAAAAUGGCUGACAGUGGUCUUAAAAGGAAUAUUCCUAUCAAACUCGGCGACUUUUCAGUCAUCGACACCGAAUUCUCGAGUAUCAGGGAGAGAUUUGAUGCCGAAAUGAGGAAGAUGGAAGAGGAAAUGAGCAAAUUCAGAUCUGAACUCAUGAACAGAGAAAGCAACAACUUCUUCAAGAGCACAACAAGCUCGACGACGUCGUCACAGCACAGCGACAGCAGACAGCUGGCCGAACCCAGCCACUGGGACAGCCUCAACUCGCCGCUUAUCCAGGAUGAGGGUGACGGCAAGUCCCUCAAACUGCGCUUCGACGUCAGCCAAUACACUCCUGAGGAGAUCGUUGUCAAGACAGUCGACAACAAACUUCUGGUGCACGCCAAGCACGAGGAGAAGUCAGACACCAAGUCGGUGUACAGAGAGUACAACAGAGAGUUCCUGUUGCCGAAGGGCACGAACCCUGAGGCCAUCAAGUCGUCGCUGUCGCGGGACGGCGUGCUCACGGUGGAGGCGCCGCUGCCACAGCUUGCCAUCACCGACCGGAACAUCCCCAUCCAGAAGCACUGAGUGCGCGCGCAUCACACGCGAUAGCAGCUAUUCCAUACUGUUAAUUAAUUUAUUUUUAAUUUACGUUUUAUGAACUACUCUAAGAAGUAUUGGCGGUAAUCUGAGAUAUUUAUUUUGAAUCUUAAUAAGAGAAUCUCAAAAAAAUUAAACUCAUGUAGUAUUUGUUAAUUAUUCUUACUCGGAUCUAAUUCCAUUGUGGCGCACAGUCGUAUCCUGCACCGUUCACAUUGAAUGUUGCUUUCACUGUGAUUAGCAGUUCAUGCAUUCAAUAAUGCAUUUUUCCGUUAUUAUUUACGAAUUUCCAGUGAUAUGAAAGAUUUAUAGAAAGUGAACAAAGCACUAAAUGUUGAUUUAAGUCACGAGAUAUUUUACAGAUGUUAAUUAUUAUUAACUGUCGACUACAAAGGCCUAAACCGGGAACGGAGCUUAUAAAACGUGUUCAUUAUAAAUUAAUGUACAAAGCCUGCCUGUGUGUGGGAAGUACAAAACGAAUCAACCAUCGCGAGAAGCGUCUUAUUUAUACGUUGUAUUGUAAUAGUCCAUUUGCUUAACACUACCUAUAAGAGGCCAUAACAAGCAUGUUUCAAUAGGAACACAGAUUUUAACAACUUCUAACUCUGAACACAUUUAUAUUUUAGUACAAAAAUUGUUAAAGAAGUUUUAGAUGUCAAUAAAAAGUAAAGCCAUGGCAAA